UUUCACCAUUGUUUUUAACAUGACUAUGACGGCCCGAGAAAAAAGUUUACUGGCCUCGGCGGACCACGAAUGGACAGCAGAAGAGGAAAUACAAUUAUUUUAUGCCAUGGGUGGGUUAAAGCCGGUAGGAGUCAACAAACACUUUUACAUAGCCUGUAUAACAGAUCGUCUGUCCAGAAGUCUAAAUCGUGACUAUACCACCGAAAGUAUAUGGGUGCACUUAAGAACCAUGUAUAAUCUGGAAGCCCUAGAAGAUUUGGAACCUCUGCCAUUCCCUAAUGAAGAAAGGGAAUUUUCACUGCCAGAAGCUGAAUUUUCCUCAUUGUUAUCGAAAAAACGUGCAGCCAGUGAGGAAAGCCGACAAAGUACAGAGGGUCCACCCUCUAUUAUAGCAGUGGUUACUGAUAAUACCACCAGCAAAGAUAAAUCAUCGAACUCACAAUCUAAAACAUCUUCAUCAAGCUUCAUUAAUUCAAAGGAGUUGGACAAAAAACUAGCCUCCAAACUAACUGAGGUGCCUAAGAGAACGCCCAAACGUACAAGGGGUUCAAUGUCUUUGGAGUCCAGUAGUCCUUCAACUACACCACCGCCUAUACAAAGCAAUAAGCGACGUCGCAUUUAAUUUAGUUUCCCCAAAAAACACUCCACCCUUUUUAAAACACCCAUAAACUUAUAAGAGAAUUUUCAUGUUUUAACAUUACACAUUUAUAGAUUAUAACUAGAUUUUAGUUUCAUUUUUUUUUUAUUAAAAUAGAAAAUAAUACUUAAUAAAUAAUUGAUUAAUCUUCAAA